CAACAGCGAGAUUGACAACCGAGAGCUCUCUAAAAUGUCCGACGAGGAUUUGAUGUCAUUCUCCAAAAAAGACAUCUUGGCCAGGUUACGCCAAGAGGAGGCCAACAAGAUGACAGCCCUUAUACAGCGAGGGCGAUUAAUUAAAGAGGUUAAUAAACAACUGCAGGAGCAUUUACUCGAAAUCAGGGAACUCAAAGUAGUCAAUAAUAGGCUUCAAGAGGAGAAUCAAGAACUGCGAGAACUAUGUAGUUUCCUGGAUGAUGACAGAAUGAAAAUAAAAACGCUUUCCCGAGAGUGGCAACUUUUUGGACACAACGCAGCCAAAGUGAUGCGCGAGGACGUGGGUGGACAUCUGAAGAAGUUAGCUGAUUUGGAACGCGUGCAAGAUGGAUUGGUAAAGGAGAAUUUCGAUCUCAAGGAACUGUGUGUUGUUCUGGAGGAGGGUUGUGUCAGCAGAGGUGAUUCCAGUCCUGGCGGGUCGUCCGAGUUGAGUUUACAGUAUUUUGUGGCCCGGGACUUUGGAGACGGAAGUUCCAGCGCUGGGAGCAUCGGUAGUCCAGAUCCUCUUCUAGUCUGUUCCCCCGAUGAAUGAGAUGGUAUCAACAAACUUCUUCUAUCAAAUAUAAAACAUGUUGUUAAUCUCACCUCAGGUCACAUAAAAGGGGAAUGGGUCGUUUUUAUAGUCUAUGUUAUAGAUUUCUAGCAAAAUAUCACAGGCCACGUUCUUAUCGCGCAUUCAAUAUGACGGAAGCUGACCAUGGUGCUGAAAUAAGCAACAUACUGUACAUCCGACAUGGGACUGCUUUAUCUCGAACUGUUUUAUAUUGACUGUUGAUGGGAAUUUGUAUUCUUCAGUUCUCUUUUAUUAGUUUGCAUGGCACAUGUUCAAUCUUCCCUUGCAGUUUUCCGUAUUGUUCUUCACACAAAUAGUGUUUAUUUUCCCUCCCUCCAUUCAUUCAAUAUCACUUUUCUCUCUGAAUAUGAAAGCAUUAUCUAUCCUAUCCUUUGAGCUGGUUAGCCUUUUCUAAGUCGUGUCUGUGCCCCUUAUAGCAUGUCAUAGUAUUUGUAAUACAAAAAAAACGAAUUGUCCAAAACUUUAUUGUAAUGUGAAAACCCUAUUGUUUUUACCCUGUUUUGAUUAAAAGAUGACAAUAAUG